AUAAAUCAUACUAAACAUAUAUAUUUACUCAAUAGAAAAAUAGAGUUUGAGUCUUGCACACUGGGUGGAUUUAUAUAUUUCUUCAGUGUUUGCUUUCCAGAUUCAGUAAUUCCAAUAAUACUCUUCUCUCUCAACAACUUUGGCUUUCAGUAAUGUCUUUUAACGCCAUUGUUCAAUACACUAUUUCUUCAUCUCAUGCAAUUAACAGAUAUGAUGUAUUUGUGAGCUUCUGUGGUGAAGACACACGCAACAAUUUCACUGGUUUUCUCUUUCAAGCUCUCCGUAGAAAAGGCAUCGAUGCCUUUAAAGAUGAUGAAGAUCUCAAAAAAGGUGAAUCUAUAGCUCCCGAGCUCCUCCAUGCCAUUCAAAGCUCUCGACUUUUCAUUGUUGUCUUCUCAAAGAACUAUGCUUCCUCCACCUGGUGCUUGCGUGAACUGGCAGCGAUACGUAACUGCGUUCAAACUUCCCCAAGACCUGUUAUACCUGUCUUUUAUGACGUUGAUCCUUCGGUGGUGCGCAAACAAAGUGAAUGUUAUGAGAAUGCAUUUGCAGAACACGAAAAGAGAUUCAGAGAAGACAAAGCCAAGAUGGAGGAAGCUGAGAGAUGGAGAGAAGCUCUCACACAAGUGGCCAAUCUCUCUGGUUGGGAUAUUCGAAAUAAGUCACAGUAUGCACAAAUUGAAGAAAUUGUUCAAAACAUAACAAAUAUUUUGGGUCCAAAAAUUUGUAGUCUUCCAAAGGAUGAACUAGUUGGGAUAGAGCGUGGACUUGAAAUAUUGGCAAAUCUUGUAUGUUUUGAGUCAUUUAAUAAUGUUCGAGUUGUUGGAAUCAGUGGGAUGGGUGGCAUAGGAAAGACUACUCUUGCUCGAGCUUUAUACGAAAAAAUCUAUCAUCAAUAUGAUUUUCAUUGUUUCAUUGAUGAUGUAAGCAAAAUAUAUCGAGAUUCAAGUUCAUUAGGUGUACAAAAGCAGUUAAUUUCUCAGUUUCUAAAUGAGAAAAAUCUAGAGAUUUCAAAUUCUUUUGAGGGAACAUGUUUGAUGUGGUCUAGGCUACACAAUGUUAAGGCACUUGUAGUUCUGGACAACAUUGAUGAAGUUGAACAACUAAGGAUAUUUACAGGGAACAGAGACACUUUGUUGCGUGAAUGCUUAGGUGGAGGGAGCAUAAUCAUCGUAGUUUCUAGGGAUGAACAUAUAUUGAGGACACAUGGAGUAGAUGACAUUUAUCAAGUCCAACCAUUGAAUUACGAAUAUGCUAUGCAACUGUUUUGUAGAAAUGCAUUCAAAGUUAAUCAUAUUUUGAGUGAUUACGAAAAGUUGGCAUGGGAUAUACUAUCUUAUGCUCAGGGCCACCCCUUAGCAAUUAAAGUAAUUGGGUCAUCUUUGUUUCGUCGAAAUGUGUCACAAUGGGAAAGUGCAUUGGCCAGGCUAAAAGAAAAAAAAAGUAAACAUAUUAUGGAUGUUUUGCGUAUAAGUUUUGAUCAGCUGGAUGANGAAGACAAACAAAUAUUUUUGGAUAUUGCAUGUGCCCUAUACUAUUAUGAUGAGAAAUAUGUGACGGAAGUUCUAAAGUUUCGUGGAUUUCAUCCUGAAUAUGGUCUACAAGUUUUGCAUGACAANUCACUAAUAUCAAAAAUGGGUAGGUGUAUUUAUAUGCACAACUUGUUGAAGGACUUGGGCNGGNAUAUUGUCAAAGAAGAAUCACCAAAGGAACCCCUAAAGAGGAGUAGGUUGUGCAAUUACCAAGAUUUCCUCAAAGCUAUGUCGAAAAAUCAGACAACUGAAAUUCUUGAAGUUGUAGCUGUAAAUUCAUAUGGGAGUUCUAAAACUGUGAGGGUAGAUGGUCUAUCGAAAAUUAAACACCUUAAGUUUCUUAGACUUGAGAACAUGAACUGUUCAGGAAGUCUCAGUCAUCUCUCCAGUGAACUAGGAUAUCUUAUUUGGAACAAUUAUCCUUUUGAGUGUUUGCCUAAAAGUUUUCAGCCACACAAACUAGUUAAGUUAAAAUUGAAAGGGAGCAGUAUUCAACGACUAUGGAGUGGCACAAAGGUGCUACCUAAUUUGAAGCGUUUGGAUCUCUCUUACUCCAAAGAAUUAGUUGAGAUGCCAGAUGUUGCAGAGGCCCUAAAUCUUGAAGGCAUAGACCUUGAAGGAUGCAUACAGCUCCGAAAACUCAGUCCGUCGAUUGGUCUUCUGAGCAAGCUUACUACUUUGAAUUUGAAAAACUGUGAAAACUUAGUAAGCUUACCCAAUAGCAUAUUGAGCCUGAACUCUCUUGAAUAUCUGAGUGUCUAUGGUUGUUCAAAUCUGUUUAAUAAUGAGUUAUUAGAUGAAGCAAGUAACACAGAGCAUUUGAAGAAGCUUUGUUCACUUAAAGGUCCUAUUGAGUCCCACUCAACAUCCCCUUUAAUAAAAAAAGCACGAAGAGAGUCAGUUAGUUGUUUGUUACCCUCCUCUCCUACUCUUUCUUGUUUGCGUGAACUCGAUCUAAGAUUCUGUAACUUAGUUAAAAUCCCUGAUGCCAUUGGAAAGUUAAGUUGCUUAGAAAAGUUAAAUUUGAAGGGAAACAAUUUUGUUACAUUGCCUAACCUCAAGGACCUUUUCAGACUUUAUUAUUUAAACUUAGAGGAUUGCAAGAGGUUGAAAUACUUGCCUGUCCUCCCUUCACGAACUCACUUGCCCUUAAAUCUUUACUCGUAUCUAUUGCAAUAUUUUGAAGACUUUAUCUAUCAGGUGCCAAACGAAGAUGAAUUUAUGGCUGGAUUAACGAUGUUCAACCGCCCAAAAAUAGUUGAGAGGGAACGGUGCACUAGCAUGACUGUUUCAUGGAUGCUACAAAUUAUCCAGGUGUGCAUGUUUCUUCCUUACACUUACCAUCUUUUAAUCUCUUUUGGUGUUGAAAAACAACUACUAAUGCAUAACAUAACUCAGUCGUGGUACAACUCGGAAUAUCUGUCCUUUUCUUCAAGUCUUCGAAGUAUUAUCCCCGGAAGUGAAAUACCAAUGUGGUUCAACAAUCAGCUUCUGAGCAUGGACAAUUCAAUAAUCAUAGAUGUCUCUCCUUUUGUGCAUGACAAUAAUUGGGUUGGUGUUGUAUGUUGUGCAAUACUCGGUGAAAAUCUUUACAGAACAAGAAUUCUUGAGGAUUUGAGAAGGGAUCUAUUUGUGGAGCACUCAGAUCAUAUGUGCCUAUUUUAUUACUCUCGUCAACAGUUCUGCCAUGAAGAAGGCAUAUUUUGGGGCAAACUUAAUACACAUGACUUGAGUUUGACAUUUAAAUUACAUGACGUGAUAAUACUUUGUGCAAACAUGAAGGAUAGGGACGAGGGAUUUUAUGAGUUUGAAGUGAAAAAAUACGGGUAUCGGUGGGUUAAAAAGCAAGAUCUACAAUGACUCAUGGUUGAAAUUUGGCAGCAAGUUUUAAGCAAUACCUUUAGAAGACAAAAAUUUAUGAGUUGAAGACACAUGUACUCAAACUACUUAAUUUUCUACAAAUUUUGAAUGUGCAAAGUUAAUAUUAAAUAAACCGCUUAC